AUGACUAGCUACUUUGCACCAAGUGGCAGUGCCAGUAAUGGUGCGAAUACGCCGAACGCAUCGUCCCAAUUAUCCCCGUCAGCGCAGCGCCCGACCGCGCUCACCAAUCGGUUGACAACGGUUCUGUCGGCAUCGUAUGCGGACUCGGACAUUCGGGACUCGCUCGAGACUUUGAGCUUGAGGGGCAUUCACAACACCGCGGAAACACGUCGGCAACUACGACUAGAUGUUCAAAAGGAAGUUGUCGAUUGCAAUGCGGAGAUCGUUAAGGACUUUGGAAAAGUGGCAGAGCAAUUGAAACGGAUCGGAUCGGUGGUGUCAACACUCAAUCAGACAUGCGAGGAUAUGCGCAAACGAAUCAACCUCGCAAAGCAGGAUACCACGCCGGUACUCGAGGAGGCCAGCGCCCUGAUGACACAGAAGAAAGAGACCGAGACCAAACAACAGCUGUUGGAAGCCUUUUCGAAACAUUUCUUGGUCCCAGAAGAGGACUUAUUGGUCUUGACAUCGGCGGAGGAGCCCGUUGACGAGCGGUUCUUUGACGUGCUAGCUCGUGUUAAGCAAGUGCACCACGAUUGCGAGGUCCUGCUCGGCGGCGAGAAUCAACGGCUGGGCUUGGAGGUGAUGGAAUUGAGCACUCGGAGUCUCAACUCAGCAUACCAGAAACUCUACCGAUGGAUCCAGAAAGAAUUCAGGUCCCUAAAUCUAGAGGACCCUCGCAUCAGCAAUUCGAUCCGCCGCGCUUUACGGGUGCUGGCAGAACGCCCGAGCCUAUUCCACAGUUGUUUGGAUUUCUUCGCGGAGGCACGGGACUAUGUGCUGUCCGAUGCUUUCCACUAUGCGCUGACUGACGCUGUUUCUGGGGCCAAUGGGAACAGCGCCAGUGAUCACACCGUCAAACCGAUCGAGUUCUCAGCGCAUGAUCCCCUUCGGUACAUUGGUGACAUGCUUGCGUGGGUGCACUCGACAACCGUAUCAGAGCGAGAGGCCCUCGAGUCGUUGUUUGUUGAUGACGGGGACGAACUUGCUCGGGGAAUUCAGGCCGGCCUGAAUAGCGAGCCCUGGUCCCGCAUCGACGAGGAUCAGGAAGUUACCUUUGAUGGCCAAAAAGCACUUAGUGACUUGGUCAACCGCGAUCUUAGUGGAGUUUCUCGAUCACUUAAGCAGAGAAUAGAGCUCGUCAUUCAGAGCCAUGAGGACCCUGUUACUUGCUACAAGGUGGUUAACUUGCUAUCUUUCUACCGCACAACCUUUACCAAACUAGUGGGUGCACAAUCGCACUUGGUAGACCUGAUCCAGAGCUUGGAAAAGUUCACUCUCAGCCACUUUGAGGCUUUGAUGCGCGACCAGAUCAGCGCCUUGGCGGGCGACAAUAUUGCUCUGACUCCACCAGACGAUUUAUCGCCUCCACAGUUCUUGUUAGACGCAUUGGAAGACCUGGAAUUACUGAUGAAGACCCACGAGGCCUCUGUCGGACCAGAAGAUUUAUCUCCAGACGCGAACAACGAGAACCCCUUUACAUCUGUCCUCCGAGCCGCCUUCGAUCCAUUUUUAACACUGGCCCGGUCCUCAUCCGAUGAACUCCAAACCACCACAGCGCAAGCCAUUUACCGCACCAAUAUUCUUCUUGCAGCUCGCGCAGCUAUAUCACCAUACCCCUUCGCCAGCUCCACACAUGCCCCUCCCAUUUCCGCAGCCCUAUCAACCCUACGCAGCGAUCUCCUCGACACCCAACACGAAUUCCUCCUCGAGACCUCUGGUCUCCAAACGCUCUUAGAGGCCCUGGAACCUUUCUCUGACACCGCCGAAGACAAGACUGAGAAGCCAGACCAGCAGAAACCCCACCUAGCAGACCUGGCCAAUCUUCCAGCUUUCCAACCAGAGUCUCUGAUUACAUCCAGCCAACAACUCGACGACUUCCUUCCCUCUGCGCUUAUGGAUGCAACCGAUAAUCUGAAGCGUGUCCAAAGCCUUUCGCUUAUUCAGAGCGUCACCGAGGACGCUGUUGAAGCGUUCUGUCGUGAUUUCGAGUUCGUCGAAGGCAUGAUUAUUGCCGCUGAUGAGGCACGAGGAACUGUGAAUGUGACCGUUGGAAACGCAGGUAGUGUUAGUGGCCAAAGUGGUAAAUCGGGUGAUAAGGCUGAAGCGAGCGAGAAAGAUGAGGCUGAAAAGGGCGAGGAUGAGCAAUGGAGUUUGAGAUCGUUGUUCCCUCGAACAACAGGGGAGAUCCGAGUGUUGUUAAGUUGA